AUGAGUGAUAUUCUAGGACCCAUUCUCGAAGUGAUGGAUGACGAGGUGGAUGCGUUCUGGUGCUUUGUAGGCAUCAUGGACCGAGUGGAGAACAACUUCCAAAAGGAUCAGAAUGGAGUACAUACCCUCCUGGGCCGACUCAGCCGACUGCUGCGCUACUACGAUCCCGAACUCACAGCCCACUUUGCUGCCAACGGCUGUGAGAACAUGUUCUUCUGUUUCCGGUGGGUGAUUAUUAAUAUGAAGCGCGAAUUCGACUACGACAGUCUGCAGAAACUGUGGGAG